GCCGGGCUCUUACUGCGCGCUGCCUCGUGACUCGAACGUCACAGGUGAUUCGAAACAGUUUCAAUUUUUAUUGCUCCCGUCCGCGUCGAAUUAAAACACGCCAGUGAACGUCCUCUGUGAAAUCGAAUUGUUUCGAUCUCGCCUGCAUUGACAUUCGUGGAUUAUUUCAGUGACAAUCGUGCGAGGCACCGAACGUUGGUGUACAUUUAAUUUUUAGUUGUCCCUCGAUCAGAGUCGGGAAACUUGGAUAUCCUUGCAAAGGCAGUCAAGACGAGCUCAUUUCGAUGGAAAAUAUUUUCACGUUGUCUUCUGCAGGAAGUCUGGACCGCCUCGUAUAUUCUUCAAGAAGCGUCGCCGUGUGAUCCUCGACGGAAGAAGGCAAUCUACUUGUCUGACUCUUGAUGUGAUCGUUUAGUGUGCGAUUCUAGUGGCUGUGCUAGACGUUCCUGUUCGAAGAACAGUACAAAGAAAAGUCGAGGAUCGAUGUGCAGGAAUGUGGAAAAAAGAGAUCUAAUCCGUGAUCGGAAUCCUCUUCCAGAGUCGCGGAGGUUGUCGGGAUCGAGAGAACAAUGACGACCGACAGUUGAACGUUUCUCGCAAAAAUAUCACGGAGGGUGAUCAAGGGUUGGCUUCAGGGGGGUUUUGAAUAUUAUGUUAGCAACGGGAUUAUGUGUGUUCCUGAAGGUGCUGGCGUUGGCGGGAAGCGUCGCGGCGCUUCUGCCGGAAGACUUCGAGGAUCGCGCUGCUCCUGCCAAUUUGCAAGAAGAAUGCGCCUCGAAGUGCCCCGAUCUCGACUUGAAUCAGAAUCGAACAGACGACUCGAGCUCCGAGGAGGGAUGUGGCGUGAGAUGCAAGGUCGACCAGUGCACAAAAGGCUGCGAAGCGUGGCAGCGAGCACUCGACACGAGCUGUCAAGCCGUCUGCAAUGGAACGCAAGAACUACUGCCGCCCAAAGAAUUGUACUGUGUUCUGGGCUGUCACGACGCGUUGAAUCGUUACUUCCAACAAUUGAAAGCGGAAAUAGGUGAUCCACCGGCACCAGCUCUGGUGGCGGAUUCCCUGACCGCGACUUCUCUGCAGCUAGAAUGGAAGGGAAUCGACAUAGAAAGACGAGGCGGCGGUAUUUCGUAUUUGGUGCAAUGGAGGUACGAGGAACUGGCUGAAACGUGGCAGUAUUGCAGGAACCAAUCGUGGGGCGAAGACGAUCAGAUUCUGGUGGAGAAUUUACAACCAUACACGAAAUACAGAUUUCGCGUAGCAUUGCUGUUGAAGUCGUCGCAACACAACCCCGAGCCGAUCGUCUCCGCCCCAAGCGUCGUGAUAAGAACGCUGGCAGCAGGUUUACCAACCUCAGCACCGGUAAUUGUAAGAGCGGCGGUGGUAGACAGCUGCCGUGUCUCUGUAUCUUGGGAACCGGGCCCUUUUCCGAAUGGGCCACUUUUGUCUUAUGUCCUGCGUCUGCAAGGGGCUGACCACUCCCAGCUUAAGGAUAUACCAGCAUCGGAGAACACGGAUCAUUACAUGUUUCAAAAUCUCGAACCGAACAAAAAUUAUUCUAUAAGCGUGACCAUGAGAAACGGAGUCGGCGAGGGUCCUCCGGCGGUCAUCUACAUCACGACGACUCCGGAACCUGCUGCGAAAGACACCCAACAACCUAUAGUAAUUCUUGGAGGUAGACACGUAGUGACGAAGCAGGACGCCGACAUGUUGGACGAUCCUAGCGUAAUUUACGAAAAUACGAGCACGAUUCGCGGGGUCGCCAUUCACGUAGCUUCCGCUCAGCUGUUCAUUUCUGAUUCCUUGGGAUACGUGUACAAAACGUCCAUCACGAAACGAACGACACCGACGGUGCUGCUCAGCCCCAGCCAAGCAAACUUUAAGCCUCUGAGCCUGUCGGUCGACUGGCUUAAUCUUCAUUUGUACAUUCUUGGCGAAGUGAAACACGCGACAACUGUUUGGCAGAUAGCUAGGUGCAAUCUAGACGGAAGGGGUUUGACGGUAGCCGUGGCUGGUUUCUUAACGCGACCUUCUCACAUCGAGGUGGACCCCUACAAUGGAUACCUAUUCUGGGUCACCAGAGGCGGUUUGUACAGGUUGGAUCUGGCUGAUAUAAGCAACGGAGUGAAGCACGAGGUUCAGCCGUAUUUAAUCCUGGAGGAUGCAAACUUGGGCACGUUCACCGUCGAUCACACGAACUUCCGUUUAUUGGUUCCCCAUCACUCUCGGAACACGGUCAUGUCAGUUUCCUUGGACGGUCGGGAACUCUUGAACUUCCGCGCAAACACUCAGCAGCCAAAGUUCAAAAACGUGGUCUCCCUGGCAAUGGCGAACGGUUUGUUUUAUUGGACGAACGGAGAGGAGGUUCUGAUAGAAGGAUACCACUCAGGACAGAACAGAUACUUUCACAAUGCUUACCCCGACAGAUCGAACGGUUCGUUCGUCAGUGUCAAUGUACUUAUGGACGCUAGCCAGCCUGUUCCUGUCCCGGUGAAUCCUCCCACAGGCGUCCAAGCGGUUUUGGGAGUCAAGAGGGCAAAGGUUUCUUGGCAGGCGCCUCAUCUGUUGGGUGGGCAGGGUAAAGGCGCCUGGCAGAAUUGGUCCUACGAACUUGAGAUCAAAGACGAGUCUACUGGGGAAACCAUUCAUCAGAAGGAUAUCGCGGGCUCGUCUCACACUGUGCACAAUCUUCGAGAGAAAUCGGAAUACUCGAUUAAAGCAGCUGCUUACACCAGCGCUGGCAGAGGACCGUGGUCCACUGAAUUUAGGGGUCGGACACUACGAGACGGAUCGCACACGUCCAUUCUCUGGUCCGCAAACGAAGGUCUCUUGAGCAGCGACGUGACUGGAGAAAAUAUCGAUACACUGAUAUACAAAACGAGUCUAAAGGAAGCAGAGACCGACUAUCACAUCGUCGACGUGAGCUGGUACAAGGACAUCCUUUACAUUGUGGGAAAUAACUCUGUUUUGUAUCGGUACAGUAUCACCACCCAUCAGAAAACGAAGAUGAAUAUUCACUCCGUUGGAAGCGUCGCCGUCGAUUGGAUAUCGAAGAAGCUAUAUUGGGCCAAUCCGAAACAACAAAUUAUAACAAGAGCAAAUUUAAAUGGAUCUCAUCAAGAGCCUAUGUCGAUUCUAGCCAUCGUUAAAGAACUAAUGAUCGACUCUUUAGAGGCAUAUUUGUAUUGGUCUACGGGGCACGCGGUGGAAGUUGCACGUUUGAACGGACAGGACAGAAGGUACUAUCACUCGGAUGAAAUAUUCAACGGCAAACAAGUGAUGGGUUUAACGUUGGACACGGAGAACAGAUACGUUUAUUGGAUCGUUCGCAGCUACGAGAGUGGAUCGAUCGUUUACCGCGCGCCAACGUCUGAAAGGAUUCCGAUGAACCACAAAAUCGUACCCGAAAAGGUUUCUGCUCUGCAGCAUCCAAACAUGCAAGGUCCAUUGUGUUACUUCUCUGAACAUCUUCUGUGGCUUCAAGACGACCGGAAUGCGGUGAUAGGUGAUCUGUCUGGUCAGAACACCGCCAUAAUAAACGGUAUUACUCUGUCGGGCCUUCACAUGGUCGCUGUGAUGGAUCCAGCGCUUCAUCAGUAUCCGGAGAAUCUCACGUCGGAGACCGUGGUAAUCUUACCGAACGCGGUCAACUAUAGCAGUAUUAGGGUCGAAGGAACGUGGAGGAAUUUCAACAUAUCGUGGGAUCCCGUGGAGAACAUCAACUACGGGACCGUGUUUUACGAAGUGAAAUUCGCGGAUUACAUCAACACCAAUUCGAAUCCAGAAAUCACGACGGAAACCUCGAUGCCCUACAACAAUUCGGAACAAAUCUUACCCUAUUCGGUUUUAGAAGUAACCGUGAAAGCGUUCACGUAUUGGGAAUCGGCUCAUCACACGAGGAGAACGCUCAGAUCGCCGCAGAGCGUACCGAGCCAACCGACGAAUUCCAGAGCGUUCAUAGAAUUUCAUAAAGAGCCUCUUAGCGAGAACGUCGAUAUUUUCGCAAUAUUCAGAUGGAAUCAACCAGAGUUCACGAACGGUUUGAUCGUAGGAUACACCGUUCAAUGUUGGUUCGUGGAGGACCACGUGGACGUCCAAAUCUGCGAUCAAUCGCUUAUUUCCGAUAAAUUGGAGCACACUGUACACGAUCUGCUGCCGAAUACGACUUACUAUUUUCAAGUACGUGGUCACACGAAAAUUGGCGCCGGUCCGUACACCGACGUGAUCAACGUGUCGACGACGUACGAGAAUCCAGUUCCGCAAUUGCUGGUGGCGACCAUGGACGCCGUGAGAAUCUCUGAUUUGGACGAAGAAAAAAACGACACCAUUACUCGUCAUAUCGCGGUCGAGGUCACGUAUCUGGCCGCUGAGAGCAAACUUUAUUGGAUAAACGAGAUGCAAGAGCUGGUCACGUCGGAUCUAUCGGGGGCGAACGCCACGAAGAUUCUGACGCUGAACAACAGUGCUCUCAGCGUAACCAUCGAUUGGGUCGCGAGAAACUUAUACUGGUCCGAGUCAAGCUACCGUGAAAAUGGCGGCCAUAUCAUCAAACUGGACUUGACCAUGUGGCAAACUGGAAUUCUCAAGUACAAGAGCAUCGUCGCGGCCAACAGGCGCAUUUUAAAUCUCGACAUUCUGCCGUCUACAGGAUCGUUGUACUGGAUAGAGCUCACGGAGAACGACAGAGGAGUGAUAAUGCAGUCAGACUUGAGCGGGAAAGCGGUUCAACCCUUCUUCAAUCACAUGGACGAUUGCUCUUGUCCAUACAGACCGGCCGUGAUUCCCGUGAUGACGAUCGACAGUACCACGAUUCAAAAGCCUGCGAUGUAUUGGAUUUCCUUGGAAGGGCACUUGAACGUCGCCGACAUCAAUGGCUGCGCGUGCAGCUUGAUAGUGACCGCGAGUUACAAUAAGGGAUUGCCACCUAUGUCGUUGACGGUCGACAAGAUGAACGUAUAUUGGUCGAACUCCGAAGAGGCUCAGAUUUAUUUCGUGAACAAAGAAUAUCCCGAUGACGGGGAAAUUCAACGAUUUUACUUGCCAGAAGUGCGUAGCAUCAAGGCCCUUGGGAAACCUCUGCAACCCUAUCCAACCGCAAACUGUUUGAUACCUCGACAAAUGCCCUACAACGUAACGGAAAUCAUGAAAACGGGACAAAGCAUUACCGUGCGGCUUCCUCAGCCUGUUCCACAGAGCGGCUGCGAAAGGUACAAUUUACCUACGACUCUCUACACGAUAUACAUGUCCCAGUGUUUGGUAAACGAGCCUCACGAAUGCCUGGAUAGCAAUAGAACGACGUUGCAGACUUACGAGAAAGAGUACAGAAUAAAAGAUUUGAUACCCUUCACGAAAUACAGGCUCAAGUUGGCGUUGAGCAACUAUUACGCUGAUUUGGAAUCGAUGUCGUUGGAGUUCGGUUCCGGCGUUGUCUUGAGAACUGGAGCUGGUGUCCCUACAGCACCUGAAAACGUCACUGUCGAAGCUCUGACGCCAACAUUGGCUAUUGUUUACUGGAUGCCACCGAGAAUACUGAACGCUGCGGCAGUUCGAUACGAGGUGCACUGGAAAUUGAAUAGAUUGAUAAACGGAGCACGACAGAAGGGAGAACAUUUGAUAAAGGUUUCUGAACGCACCGCGGAAGAUGGCAGGUAUUUCACCUUGUUGGAACCGUGGCUACCUGGUGAAGAAUACAAAGUGUUCGUCCGUGCAUACCCUGCUGAUUCAGGGUCCAGUCUAAAUGUUUAUAGCGAGGGUCCUGGCCACGUAGUAACAAUGUACCCGGAGCCUAAUAAUCUGACGCUAACCGGUGUCAGCGUGAACAGUUUGAACGUGUCUUGGAUACCGACCAUCAACCUGACUGUUAGACAUACUUUACAAUACAAAGACGUGGCCCUGGAAGACUGGCAAGUGGCAAACGCUUCCAAAGUAGAGAAACGACGAGUGACGUACUUCAUUCGAAGAUUGCAACCCCGUACUUUGUACAAAUUCCGUCUACUCUUAAGAUACCCAAGCUACAAGAAGGACUUUGUGUGGCCUACCGAUGGAAGAUUUACGUUUCAAACGUUAGGCGAUGUACCAAGUGCUCCGGGAAUGCCUACGAUGACGAAACUGCGCAAUUCCGUGUACCAAUUGAACUGGGAGCCCGCGCAAGCUCAUGGUUCUCAGAUUACCCUGUAUCGCGUCGAAGGGAUGAAAAUAAACGAGAUUAACGAACAAAUCGACCCCAACGAGAACGCCAGCUGGAAGUUGUUUUACAACGGAACAGAUAAUUAUUGGAUAAUCACGGGGGACAUAGACGAGAAAUAUAGGUUUCGCGUUCAAGCUAGGAACGCGUACGGAUUUGGCGCGUGGAGCAGAUCCAGCUUGAUCAUCGAUUUGACGGAAACGACGGGAGGGAUAUUAGCGGCCCAACAACAUCUCGGAUUGGUGUUAGGACUUAGCGUUCCCGUUAUUACCAUUAUGCUCAUUUGCUUCUGUUACUUCCUUUGCCCAGUGUACCGGCAACGUAAAGAAGAUAAAAAGGCAGUCUUACCGCCCUUAGUGAGCGACGUGGAAUUGGCUACGCUGCAGGAAAUACCACGGGGAAACUUCGUUCAGUCGAAUGCACUUUAUGCGUCCACCUUGCAAAACGAUUCCGACGAUUCUACGCUUCCUAAAAUCAGAAGGGAACAAAUAACGUUAGCUAAGUUUUUAGGCUGCGGUGCCUUCGGGGAGGUGUUUCAAGGAAACGCAAAGAACUUGGAAAGGCCUGGAAUUACACCGGUCGCGGUAAAAACACUCCGUAAGGGAGCAUCGGCGCAAGAGAAAACAGAAUUCCUUCAGGAAGCUAGGCUCAUGAGUCAUUUUCGGCAUAAACACGUGCUCAGACUUCUUGGCGUAUGCUUAGAUACGGACCCACCGUUAUUAGUAUUGGAACUGAUGGAAGCUGGAGAUUUAUUGAGUUAUUUAAGAGCAAGUCGAUCCUUGCAACCAACAGAUCCGCACGCUUUGCGUCUACAAGAUUUACUCGCUAUGUGCGAGGAUGUAGCGAGAGGAUGUCGUUAUUUAGAGGAGCUCCAUUUUGUACAUAGAGAUCUUGCGUGCAGGAAUUGUUUAGUGUCUGCUAGAGAUAGGGAGAACCGUGUUGUUAAGAUCGGUGACUUUGGGCUUGCAAGAGAUAUAUAUAAGAAUGAUUAUUAUAGAAAGAUAGGGGAAGGAAUGUUACCUGUUCGUUGGAUGGCUCCUGAAUCCUUAGUAGAUGGUGUGUUCACUUCACAGAGCGAUGUUUGGGCAUUUGGUGUAUUAAUGUGGGAGAUCACAUCCUUGGGACAGCAACCGUAUCCUGCUAGAACAAAUCUUGAAGUAUUACACCAUGUGCGUGCAGGGGGCAGGUUGCCUAAACCUCUCAACUGUCCUCCUGCUUUGCACCAGUUGAUGUUACGCUGUUGGAGUCCUGCUGAUUCCAGACCGAGUUUUAAAGUUUGUCUCGAGAAUAUUGUUAGUCAUCGAAGUACUAUAGAGGAUGCACCAUUAAGCCCAGUAUAUGCUGGCCAUUACUUAGCUAGAAGAGGAAAUUCAUGGAAAUCCAGCAGUUCAGAGGGUAGUAGAGACAUGCAGCCAUUCCUUCAGAAUUCUCAUAACGCGACGCAAUCGAGCGAAGUACCAAAAUAUUUGGAAUUAUUAGCGGAUAAUGAAGAAAUUAUUUUACGCGAACAUUCGACGAGCGGAUACGAAGUUCCUCGGUCGAUUCAUAUUUCUGAUCAAAAUUUAGGUAAUAUAAACAAAGCCAGUACAAAUCCAGAUUUAAAGGACUACAUGAGCCCCGGCAAUUUACAAGAACAAAAAGAUUCUUUGAGCGGCGACAAAGAACCAGAAAAAAGAUGCGACAAGAGAUCUUCGGUAUCCAGUUUGAAUUUACCUGAACGUAAAAGGGCAUCGAUUACGAGCAUGACUGAGAAAUGUAACACCUUAGAUAGUUCAAAAUUAACCAAUCCCACCAUUAAAACGAUUUUAAAGAGAGAUUCUUUUACAUCAUUGACUGAUCAUCAACGGAAAAACAAAAGGAACACGACCGAACGACGUGGAUCCGAAAUAAGUUUAGAGGGUAGAAGUUCUAGUUCUCUCAGCUCAAAUAUUAGUUUAGCUCCACCUACUCGACCUAGUUCAUCGUUAAUUAGUUCACAAAAUGUCCUUCCAUUGAAGAAUAGCGUUAUGGGUGGUACCGGAGAAUCAACGCUGAGCGAUACCAGCGUUACGAAAAACACAUUGCCAAAAAUUCAAAGAACUCAUUCUAAUUUACAAAACGGUAAGGCCAAUAUUCCUUUGGUAAUAAAUAGUGCGCUAUUGAAUUUAUUAAGGCAAACUCCAGUCGUCGAAGACAGUAACAAUAUAGUUACAUACACGAAUAUCAAUACAGAUGCUGUUAGAGUAAACGGAUCGUGAAGUUUUUGUUAAAGGUGAAAAGAAUUAAGUCAUUUUAAGUCAUAUUUUUAAAACAUGAUUAAUUUCAGUUGUAAGCAUAUUAAAACUGAAAGCGCGUGUGAAGUUCCAUAGCUUUAAACUGCCAUAUCAACGUCUGUACAUAUUUAAAUUUUAAUAUUUGAAAAUUUGUUUUACGUAAAUCGUGGCAGGAAGUUUUUCCUUGUAGUUGUAUUAGUUAUUAACCAUGGACUUGUCUCUAGCACCUAAGGAACGAGAAUAGUUGUAGAGUAUUAUACCGGGAUUAGAAUAAUUCGCGAUAGUUUUAUACUUGUUAUCCGAAGAUAAUGUAUUUAUUUAAUGACUAAAAGUAUGAUUAAAGUCUCACUGUUCAUUGUACAAAUUUCAUAUUUGAUGGUAA